AUGCCUGGGUCAAGAGGAUGAAACAAAGAACAGAUUACCCAGCAGGUCAAUCAUCCACCCCGUGCCCAUUAAGCAACAAAAUUGCACUUCUUUCCCUCCACUUGUGUUUGUCCGCACACUGACGGAGACGCCGAUGAUCGCUCUCAAGCGCAAGCACCUUCUAGAAAUAAUUACCUGCGUACUAUCUGUUCCCAAAAGGCAAAUGAUGCGCCGAGAAGUAAUAGUUUAGUUCAGUGCUAGUGGGAAACAGGUGAGAUUUAUUUAGUGAAGCCAGUUAGAGAGGUGAUGUCAGGGCAACUAAACUAAGGCACGCUGUAAAAUUUCAUCGAGGAUUGAGUCAAGGAGGACUAGAAAAUCUACAAUGAAGUCCUUUUGGUACGGAAGGUGUUCAGGAAGAUUGGGCAAUUGACUUGUCAGUAGAUUACAGCAUGCAACCGAUGGUGAAACACUGAAACAUCAGUGUGAACUAGGAAGCGGCCUGGUGGGCUGGGGGCAGUUGUGUAAAAUCCAAUCCUGUUGACUACCACUACAAGGGACAGAACAAAUGGGAGCAAGAUCUGCUUCUUUCUUUCCCAUCAAGCUCUUUCAUGGUUAGACCACCAUUGAUGCUUUAUCUAGUCAGGGGACAACAUAACCUCCGGUUCCAGUGCUAGUUUCACCAGAAAACCAUGCAGACACUCCAUUUUCCUAACAAGACAUACAGCAAGAUAUUGCACAUACCUUCCCUUGGCCUAGCUCUUGUGCUGCUGAUAUGCUUGGCCUCUCCUACCAGUUCCUGCACGGAGCAGGAGAAGGACUCCCUUCUCCAGUUUCUCGGCGGGCUCUCACAACACGGUGGCCUCGAUGCGUCCUGGCAGCAUGGCACGGCUUGCUGCCAGUGGGAAGGGAUCACCUGCAGCACAGAUGGGAUUGUUACGGAUAUCUUGCUGGCUUCUAGGAGUCUUCAGGGGCACAUCACACCUUCUCUUGGGAACCUCACUGGAUUGCUGCGCCUCAACCUGUCAAACAAUCUGCUAUCUGGUGGUCUACCACAGGAACUGGUAUCCUCCAGAAGCAUCCUCAUCGUAGACGUCAGCUUUAACCGUCUCAGAGGAGACCUACACGAGUUGUCAUCUACCCAUGCCCGGCCACUGAAGGUACUGAACAUCUCAAGCAAUUUGUUUACAGGACAGUUUCCGUCCUCAACAUGGCAGGUGAUGAAGAAUCUGGUUGCACUCAAUGCCAGCAACAACAGCUUUACUGGGCAGCUACCAACUCAUUUUUGUGCCAGCUCGCCAUCCUUGGCAGUGCUUGAACUCUGCUACAAUCAAUUCAGAGGGAGCAUUCCCCCUGAAUUUGGUAGCUGCUCCAUGCUCAGAGUGCUCAAGGUUGGCCACAACCGCCUCAGUGGGACUCUCCCAGAUGAACUUUUCAAUGCUACCUUGUUAGAAUAUGUCUCCUUCCCCGGGAACGGUUUACAAGGAACACUUGAAGGCUCACAUAUUGGGAAACUCAGUAAUCUGAGUACUCUUGAUCUUGGAGAGAACAGCAUCACUGGCAAGAUUCCAGAAUUUAUAGGUCAUCUAAAGAGAUUAGAGGAACUCCGUUUAAACAACAACCUCAUGUAUGGGGAGCUGCCAUCGACUCUGAACAACUGCACAAAUCUCAUAACCAUUGACUUCAAGAACAACAAUUUCAGUGGAGAACUCGCCAAGGUUAAUUUCUCCAACCUACCCUAUCUAAAAACUUUAGAUCUUAGGAACAACAGCUUCAGAGGCAAAAUUCCGGAAAGCAUCUACUCCUGCAGCAAUCUAACUGCACUUGGGCUAUCUUUCAAUAAUUUCCAUGGCCAGCUGUCAGAAAAAAUAGGCAACCUGAAGUACCUCUCAUUCCUAUCACUUGUUAAAAGCAAUCUUACAAAUAUCACAAGUGCACUUCAUCUACUUAGGAGCUCCAAGAAUCUCACCACCCUUCUUAUUGGGCUCAACUUCAUGAAAGAGACCAUGCCAGAUGAUGACAGAAUUGCCGGUUUUGAGAAUCUUCAAGUUCUAGCAAUAGCAGGUUGCUCAUUGUUGGGAAAAAUACCCCAUUGGCUAUCAAAGCUAGAAAAGUUGGAGAUAUUAUUUUUACAAGACAAUCAGCUAACAGGGCAGAUACCUGACUGGGUCAGUAGCCUAAAAUUCCUCUUCUAUCUAGACAUAUCAAAUAACAGCAUGAUGGGGGAAAUCCCAACAACCUUAAUGCAGAUACCAAUGCUAAGAUCAGAUAAUACUGCAACCCAUUCGGACCUCAGAUUCUUUGAGUUACCAAUUUAUCUAGCUCCGUCACUUCAAUACCGCGUACCAAUGGCUUUCCCUAAAGUACUGGAUCUAAGUAGCAAUAAAUUUACUGGUGAGAUACCCUUGGAGAUUGGUCAGUUGAGAGCCCUCUGUUCACUCAAUUUCAGCUUCAAUGACUUGACAGGACAAAUCCCACAAUCAUUAUCCAACCUCACAAGCCUGCAGGUAUUAGACUUGUCGACCAACAACCUCACAGGUGGAAUCCCAACUGCAUUGAACAGCCUGCAUUUCCUGUCAGCAUUCAACAUUUCUAACAAUGACCUAGAAGGGCCUAUUCCAUCUGGAGGUCAGUUUAAUACGUUUCAGAACUCUAGUUUUGGUGGGAAUCCAAAGUUGUGUGGCUCUAUGCUAAUUCACAAAUGUGGUUCAGCUUCACCACCUCUGAUCCACUCAAAACUACGACAUAGGAAGGCCCUUUUUGCAAUCACAUUUGGAGUGUUCUUUGGAAGCAUUGCUGUUCUCUUGUUGCUGGGGCGUCUCCUUGUCUCGAUCAGAGUCAAUGGUUUUACCACCAAAAAUACAAGGGAGAAGAACAAUGGAGAUGCCGAAUCAACUUCAUUCAACUCCAGUUCAGAGCAAACAUUGGUAGUGAUGUCACGAGGCAAGGGAGAAGAAAGCAAGCUCAAAUUCACUGACAUUUUGAAAGCUACAAACAAUUUUGACAAGGAGAACAUCAUUGGUUGUGGAGGUUAUGGAUUAGUAUACAAGGCAGAGCUACCUGAUGGCUCCAAGCUGGCAAUCAAAAAGCUCAACAGUGAAAUGUGUCUUAUGGAAAGAGAGUUCAGUGCAGAGGUUGAUGCUCUUUCCAAUGCACAACAUGAAAAUAUUGUGCCGCUGUGGGGUUACUGCAUCCAGGGAAACUCAAAGCUCCUCAUAUAUUCCUACAUGGAAAACGGCAGCCUGGAUGAUUGGCUUCAUAACAGGGAUGACGAAGCUAGCUCAUGGCUUGACUGGCCAACUCGGCUGAAGAUCGCGCAAGGAGCAAGCCUUGGCCUUUCCCAUAUCCAUGAUGUCUGCAAGCCUCAGAUUGUCCACCGUGACAUCAAAUGCAGUAAUAUCUUACUGGACAAAGAAUUUAAAGCUUAUGUUGCAGAUUUUGGGCUAGCCAGAUUGAUCCUUCCCAACCAAACUCAUGUUACGACUGAGCUGGUCGGUACUAUGGGUUACAUUCCCCCUGAGUAUGGGCAAGCAUGGGUUGCUACGUUGAGAGGUGAUAUGUACAGUUUUGGAGUAGUCAUGCUUGAGCUGCUCACUGGAAUACGACCUGUCUCAAUCCUAUCAACGUCAAAAGAACUUGUCCCAUGGGUGCUGGAGAUGAGGUCUGAGGGGAAGCAGGUUGAGGUCCUGGAUCCAACACUUCGAGGCACAGGAUGUGAAGAUCAAAUGUUAAAGGUGCUUGAAGCUGCUUCCAAAUGUGUCGACCACAAUCAAUUCAUGAGGCCAACCAUCAUGGAAGUUGUCUCCUGCCUGGCCAGUAUAGAUGCUGACCCGCAGAUGCGAAAAUCAGCCAAGAUACAAUAAUGGAUAAUCUUGUAUUUUCGUGCAUGAUAUACAUGUAACUUUCCUAGUUUCGUAGAACUACGAGUUUGUUUGUACUUUGUAUAGAGCCUAACAGGUUGCCAUUUUGAGCUUUCGUGGUUCUUUAAGGAAAGAUAAUUUAUAAAAUUCAUCUUCCUUUAGAUUUCUUUUGCAAGCCUUUAAAUGGUCUCUAUAUAUAUGCUUUAAGUUUCACAAACAUGAAACAAAGUAUAAACAUGUGAAAUGAUGAUCUUGCGUUAUCGGUGAAAGAUUGAAAAUGGAGUGCAUUCAAGGGCAGAUAGUAUGUGCAGUCAUCUUUUUUGCUUUGGAUCAGCUAUUUUAGAAACCAGAGUUGGAGGUGAAUUGCCGAAUUACUAGCUACAGAAAAUGUUUGGUUGGUCCAAGCGUGGAACAAAUGGAAUGAGAAACCAUCUUUGAAAUACAAAUCACGCAGCACGCAGCCACUAGCAGUCUAGAACACGAAAGGAAUGGAGAUCAGAAGCAUUUACGUACCAUGU